UAUCUGGUGUAGAAGCGCCAUUAUUUAAGAUACAGCUGGAGGACGCUGAGGAAAAACCCCGAGACUACUGAAGCCUAUCAGCUGUUUAAUGUCUGGCCUCUGCUUUUAGUGUAUUUAUUAGCUUUUAUAACAUAUUAACGCUAUUUAAGAAGAAACCUUUACCAAAAAAAAUCAGGGUGAAUCAUGUGUGGGAGAACAGCUUGCACUCUUGCUCCAGAUGAGAUACAGAAAGCCUCCAGUUACAGAGACAGAACUGGUCAGCGCCGGCGGCCGCAGUGGAAGGACGGCGAUGAAGACAAAUACCGGCCGUCCUACAACAAGAGUCCUCAGUCCUCCAGUCCAGUCCUGCUGUCCAAAAGACACUUCAAUAAGGAAGCUCCGGUAGAUGAAUGUGUCCUGGCGACGAUGCGGUGGGGUCUUGUGCCUGCGUGGUUUAGAGAGAAUGACCCCAGCAAGAUGCAGUACAGCACUUCCAACUGUCGCAGUGAGGGCCUGCUGGAGAAGAAGUCUUAUAAGGACCCUCUGCUAAAAGGCCAGCGGUGUGUCAUUCUAGCUGACGGCUUCUACGAGUGGAGGAGGCAGGAGAAGGACAAACAGCCUUUCUUCAUCUAUUUCCCCCAGAGCCAGGAAGCACCAGGGCCCAGUCAGAGGGAUGAGGAAGAGGGGGCUGAUGGGAAGACAGUAAAUGAACAGACUGAGGGCAAAGCAGAGACAAAGGAGGACGAAGAGGACAGCGAGUGGACAGGGUGGCGGCUGCUCACCAUAGCAGGGCUGUUCGACUGCUGGGCUCCACCUGGUGGAGGAGAAGCUCUGUACACUUACACUGUGAUCACAGUGAACGCCUCACCAAACCUACAAACCAUCCAUGACAGAAUGCCUGCCAUUCUUGACGGAGAGGAAGAAGUGAGGCGAUGGUUGGAUUUCGGUGAGGUGAAAUCUCUGGAAGCUCUUAAAAUGCUUCAGUCUAAAUCCUGCGUGACCUUCCAUCCCGUCUCCUCAUUAGUGAACAACUCCCGAAACAAUUCACCAGAGUGCCUGCAGCCUGUAGAUCCCACUGUCAAGAAGGCUCCACAGACAUCAGCCAGCAGUAAGAUGAUGAUGAGCUGGCUGAAAACAGGCUCACCCGUUAAAAGGAAAGAACCGGAGAAUUCCGAAACUAAAGGACCUGAAGGAAAAUCUCCAUCACAGAAGCAGAAGCCUAUUGGGCCGCUACAGCAGUGGCUGCUGGGGAACAGUUCCAGCAAGAGGCCAAGAUCUUAAAGCUUGUAUUUUCUAUUUCUGUUGGAUUUUAAUAAAAAAUAAAAAUAAGCCAUA